GGGCCCGCGCAGAUCAGUUUGACUGCUGUGACUGCUCCUGUGUGGACAAUUGCCAGAGAGCUGGCUGCAGGUCACCUCAUCUCAAUUUCACUCGCACUCUUUAAGGGGAAUACCGUUGACUGCCGUAGACUGGACUUCUGAAAGCUGCUUUGUGCCCAGCUGCCAGUGAACUGCUGUACACCAGGCUGCCAACUUCUGCUGCCAGGGUAACGCAAAAACGAUGUCGCCUUCAGAACAGGUGCGAGGAGCCAGAGAUGAAAUCCGCCACCCAUGUGAAAGUGCUAACAGGUGGAGGAGUUUGUUCUUGAGGAUGCAGAAGAAAGGUGCCCUGCCAGACAGCAGGGAAAGGCCCUUAAGCCCGGACCACAGGAAUCACCUGUUCGGCCGACCGCUGUUCAGCAUCUGCGAUGAGGACAAGAGGCUCCCCAAGCCAAUCAGAGAGGUGCUAUCAGAGUUGUGGAGGAGGGCCCCAGCCACGGAGGGCGUGUUCAGGAAAGCUGGGAACGCUAAGCGUCUGUCCGAGGUCAAAGUGCAGCUGGACGCCGGGGAGGACCUGGACGUGGAGGUCCUGCCGGUCGUUCUUCUCGCCGCUCUCCUGAAGGACUUCCUGAGGCAGCUUCCAGAUGGCCUGCUGGGGGCGCUGCUGUACCCAGCCUGGAUGAGUGCCAUGGAGACAGAGGAGGCUCAAAGAUGCUCGGAGCUGAGACGGGUGUCUGACAGGCUGCCCAAAGCCAACGUCCACCUGCUGCAGCGCCUCCUGCUGGUUCUUCGCCACAUCAGCCAGAGCGCUGACUCCAACAAGAUGGACGCCCGGAACCUGGCCGUCUGCGUCUCGCCCAACCUGCUCCCUCUUGAGCACCUGUCCCUGGACACGGUCGAGAAGGUCACGGCCCUGACGCAGUUCCUAAUCGACAAUUGUGGUGAAAUAUUCAAGGACAGCCUGCAGACUGCCGAUGACCAGCUUGCUGACAGCACAGACUCUCUGUGGGACUCGGCCUACGAGAGCGCAGACCCCGAGGCGGACGCGGACCCGGCCGGAGACGUGGCCGCGGGGGAAGAGCGGGCCCGGCCCCCACACCGGCCCUCCGGCGCCGCCGCACGCCGCCCCGGCAGGCCCCUGGGCCGCCGGCGCUCGGAGCCCGCCAUGCUGCGCUCGGCCGGCAUGCGGACGCUGCUGAAGCUGUCCCGGGCGGGGGACGAGGAGGGAGACGCCCGGGCGGGGGACGAGGACGGAGAGGCCCGGCCGCUGAAGAAGCAGAACUCGCACGACUCCUUCCUGCUGCACAACCGCGGUCCGACCGCAGCCUCCUCCACGCCCGCCCCCAGUGGACACUCCUCCCCCUGCUCCAGUGGACACUCCUCCCCCUGCCCCAGUGGACACUCCUCCCCCAGCCCCUGUGAUGCGCCUGACAGAGCCCUCGCCCUCUCCGGCUCCGCCCCCGCCCCGGACUCCCGGCCCCGCGGCCACACCGCCGCCACACCUGGAGGCGGGGUGAAGAGACACUCCUGGUCCACGAGGAGAGAGGACAUGGGGACCGCCCCCAGCCACAGGGGCCUGUCCCUGUGUCUCUGAUUAAGGAUCCAGCGAGCUCCACCUCCCUGCCUGUCCCAGCAAGGCCCCCGCCCAUCUCCUGAGGAGUUCCCGGCAGGUUCAACAGAAGACCCUGAGCUACUGCUGCAGCCAGCCUGUCCCAGGAGGCCAUUUUGUACAAAUGACUGAAAUCCAGUUUCUUGUUUGUUGCCAUUAGACAUGGCCCCUGUCACCUAUUCGGUACAAUUUGGAGUACAGAAAUAUGAUUUUCAUAUUGAAAGCUUUACCAUGAAUUAUAAUAUAAUGACCAUAAAUUUGUCGUCUUUAAUUGUGACCUAACGGUUACUGUAAAUAAUGUAAAUAAAAAUCUUUAUUUUAA